GUUCGAGUCAAUCGUUCUUUAGCGCCCCGCGGGACACAGAGCACACAGCGAGACCUGCGUGUCCGGGCGUGCCUUCCGUAGACAUAGACACAGAGUUUGCGCUUUGUCUGGCCGUGCGUGCGUGCGUGCACUACACGAAACAGCCAGCCGCAAUUUGCAGUGCGAGUGGAAAAUCGCGAAAACGAAGUGACCCAUACUCCACUCACUCGGAUUGAAAAAGAUCACGACGCGUGCGUGAAUCACUGUGUACGAAUACGAGGCGUGAAAGUGCACACGGUGCAGUGCUCGCCGCCGUCUCAGUGAGAGGAAAUUGAAGCUUGCCUCACAGUACCGGAAGUGCGAUUCAAUACUCACCGCAGGCGGUAGAAAAAGUAGCGAAAGAUAAAACCCGUCGCUGGCGCGAGUGAGAGUGGUUUGAUUGCACAGAAAAAAAGAGGGGGAAAAGGCAGGAAAGAGAAAGGAAAAAAUAGGCACUGUGUGGAAAGUGCAGCGUAUGAAAGUUCCACUGCAGGUGAAGCAAAAUUGCAUCCGCAAAGUGGUUGGGGGUUUGUUUUUGUGGUGUCUUACGACGCGAAUCUGUGACGCGAUCAGUGCGAUCUGUGUGGGGCGCAAAGGCUCCGACAAACACAAUUGAAUAGCAAAACACACAGAUUAUCAAAACCGCAACCCACCCCGUACGUCACAGUGACACUAGAACAGUUAGUGGUUAGGGUAAAGCGCGUGCGGGUAAGCGAGGAGACAGCAAAGGAAAGUGAAUCAACUUCCCUGCGUUUGCGUGAUAAGCAACAGUGCAUCGUAAUAAGAUUGCGUUUCGGUGAUCGUUAGUUUUGCGCGUUUGCUGCCGCUUCUGUGGUCGUCUUUUUCUAGCUCCGGCGCGUUUGCUGGCAGAUAUACAAAGAAAGCGCCACCAGAGGGAAAACGAACGUCCAACACAACGAACGAAACGAACGGUCGGGUGAGAACGAACACGCGCGUUAAAACACAGCCCAACAGGCACAACCCAACAAAGCAUCCAACAUGGCGGAAGCGAUCGACCUUGCCGGUGGUAGCAGCGGUCUCACUAACAAUCUGCUCGAUGAUAACAAUAGGAAAAAUGGUUCGGUGCGGGUGCAGAUCGUACCGUCGCAGCCGAAGACGCUCUCCCAUCUGCCGACCCGGCCCCCCGUCGAUCUGGCCUUCCACAAUCUUUCAUACCGGGUCAAGGAAGGACGUCGCAACAAUGUGAAGACCAUUCUGAAGGAGGUAAGUGGCAAGCUUCGCUCCGGCGAACUGACCGCCAUCAUGGGACCGUCCGGUGCUGGCAAGAGUACGCUCCUGAACAUCCUUUCAGGCUACAAGACAACGAACAUCGAUGGAUCGAUUACGAUGAAUGGCAAGGAGCGCAACUUGAGCCAGUUCCGCAAGCUUUCCGCCUACAUCAUGCAGGACAAUCAACUGCACGCUAACUUGACCGUGGAGGAAGCAAUGAACGUGGCCGCUAGCUUGAAACUCAGCCAGAAGGUGGAGAAGAGCGAGAAGCAGCAUGUGAUCAAAGAAAUUCUGGAAACACUCGGUCUCGAGGAGCAUCGUCCAACGUUGACCCGCAACCUGUCCGGUGGGCAGCAAAAGCGUCUCUCGAUUGCGCUGGAGCUCGUCAACAAUCCGCCGAUCAUGUUCUUCGACGAACCAACGUCCGGCCUGGACAGCUCGACCUGCUUCCAGUGCGUGAGUUUGCUCAAGUUUUUGGCCCGCGGUGGCCGCACCAUCAUCUGCACGAUCCAUCAACCGUCGGCCCGUCUGUUCGAGAUGUUCGACCAGCUGUACACGCUGUCGGACGGGCAGUGCGUGUAUCAGGGUAGCACGCGACAGCUAGUCCCGUUCCUGGGCACGCUCGAUCUCGAGUGUCCGUCCUACCACAAUCCGGCCAGUUACGUUAUCGAGGUGUCGUGCGGUGAGCACGGCGAUCAUACGCGCAAGCUGGUGAACGCGAUCGAGAACGGCAAGAAGGAUAUUCGCAGUGAGCUCGAUUUCCCGGCUCAGAAGAACAAGAAGAACGAAAAUGCGGCCAACGGAAAUGCUAACCUGAAGGUGAACUACGAGCGAAUGAAUGGUGGCGCGAACAAGUACGCGGACAAUCUGAAUCUGGGCGGCAAUGGGCUGCUGCCACCGUCGAUGGUGAACGAUAUUGCGAAGGAGACGGAAACGAUCAAGAUUGCCGUCGAGCCGGAUCGGGAGCCGGAGGUGAACAGUGCGCUGCUGCCGGUGGAGGGUGCGACUGACAUUGACCACUCCCCGGAGCGAUACCCCACGUCGGAGUUCCAUCAGUUUUGGGUAGUGCUUAAGCGAACGCUGCUUUUCAGCAGACGUGACUGGACUCUUAUGUACUUGCGUUUGUUUGCACACAUCCUGGUGGGUUUCCUGAUCGGCACACUGUACUACGACAUCGGCAACGACGGCGCUAAGGUGCUCAGUAAUCUUGGUUUCCUGUUCUUCAACAUGCUGUUCCUGAUGUACACGUCCAUGACAAUCACGAUUCUUUCAUUCCCUCUCGAGAUGCCGGUAUUGUUAAAGGAGAACUUUAAUCGAUGGUAUUCACUACGAUCGUACUAUCUCGCCAUCACCGUUUCGGACAUACCAUUCCAGACCAUAUUCUGCGUGUUCUACGUUUCGAUCGUCUACUACUUCACGUCGCAACCGCUCGAGUGGUUCCGGUUCGCGAUGUUCCUGGGCUCGUGCUUGCUCAUCUCGUUCGUGGCGCAAAGUGUCGGUCUCGUCGUCGGUGCUGCAAUGAACGUGCAGAACGGUGUCUUCCUGGCCCCGGUCAUGUCCGUACCAUUCCUGCUCUUCUCCGGCUUCUUCGUGUCCUUCGAUGCCAUUCCGAUCUACCUACGGUGGAUCACCUAUCUGUCCUACAUUCGUUACGGUUUUGAGGGAACUGCUCUGGCCACCUACUCGUACGGUCGCGAAAAGCUCAAGUGUCACCAGGUGUACUGUCAUUUCAAGUCGCCCACGACCACGCUCGAGGAGCUCGACAUGCUGGACGCUAACUUCACGCUCGACAUUGUGGCGCUGAUCGUUAUCUUUGUGGUACUGCGAGUUGCUGCCUUCCUGUUCCUGCGCUGGAAGUUGAAGACCACCAGAUAAAACGGAUGGACCAGAGCGAUCGGGCGUCAUAGGCCGUGAUGUUUUGUUUUUGUAUAACGUUAACAUUUUAUGAAGAGCUUCGGUGCAAUUGUUGUACUGUUCUCUUCCAGAUCCACCCGAUACCAUCGUCGUAGCGUAAGCCAAAGUAGCGUUUAAUGUUUUUCAAGUUCUUCUUUUACUGUACCAAAAAACAAAAACAAAAUAAUCCAAACAGACAAGCAAAAUAGAAAAGAGCAAAACACCGUGGACUAAAGGGAAUUUAACCCAGUUUGUCAAUGGUUUAAACAACGUAAGAAUAGCAAAUCUAAAGACGGAAUAUAGCUCAGAUAACUUUCAAACACAAAUCGAAACAUAUCAGAACUCUUAAUAUCAACCACUACGAGGAACGCUCGUAUCGAGGAAAAAUAUAGCCACAAAAAUUGCCACAAGAUCACCUUAUUGGGUGCCUUUCUCGCUAGGUUGUGUGGCGUUCUACACCAACAUGGUUCCAGUCCUGUCACCAAGAAAAAAAAAUGGGAAACUUUUGGAGCGUUUUUAUCGAUCAAGUUUUUUACAAGGUUUAUCUUUUUUGCAUACAGACUUUUACUGAUUAGGCAAAGCCGCACCGUACCGUGCGAGGAAAGCAUUGCAUUAGCUGAUAGAGGAAUGGGAUUUCUUUCAAUAAACGAUAUUGUGACAAGAGUAAAAAGUAUACAUAAGCCGAGUGCAUCGUGCAGUUGGAAGAGGUUGUAAAACAAAAACAGUCUAAAUGUGAUAACAUUUUAACGAAAAAGCAAUUACAUGAUCAACAAGCAUGUUUGACCAAGUGCAAUUAGUUAACGAGGAGUAACAUAAAUAAGUGCAGAAAGCUAUAAAUGGAAUAAAAAGGAUACAAAUGGUUUUUUUGAAAA